AUGUCUCUGAAGAGGAAAAGAGGACAGAAGCAUCCUUAUCUCUCAGGCAACUUCGCGCCAAUCCAGCAGACACGACCCCUAACGCCGUGUACCUACGAGGGGACUAUCCCAGAAGAACUUGCAGGUGGCCAGUAUGUACGGAAUGGAGGCAACCCGCUAUUGAACGAAGACCUUGGACGUGAUGCCCACUGGUUCGACGGAGACGGCAUGCUUAGCGGGGUGGCUUUUCGACGGUCAGAAAGAGAUGGAUCGAUACGGCCGGAGUUUGUCAAUCAAUAUAUCCACACCGAUCUGUACCUGUCGACCUUGGCUACGCCGUCAUUGAGGAGAGCAAUCCUUCCGAGUAUCGCAACGCUGGUGAACCCGCUUUCGAGGCUGGUUACCAUCAUGCUGCGAAUCUUCAGGGCGGUCUUCCUGGUCCUCCUCUCUCAUCUGCCAGGUUCGGAGCACGCUAUCAAGCGGAUAAGCGUUUCCAACACGGCCAUCUACUACCAUGACGGGAGAGCGCUGGCGACCUGUGAGAGCGGACCGCCUAUGCGGAUACAGUUACCGGGAUUGGAAACUGUUGGCUGGUACGAUGGUAAUACAGCAGAAGGUGAGGGAGUAAAGCCAGACGCGCAGGGUUUUGGUGGCACGGGACUAUUCAGCUUCCUCAAAGAGUCCACUACAGGCCAUCCGAAGGUCGAUCCCGUAACGGGAGAGCUGGUCCUCUUCCACAACACCUUUGUGUCUCCAUACUGCCAUUACUCCUUAAUCCCGGACACCAGCAAGCCAUCGGCAACAAGAAAGAUAAUUAACGCUCCAGUCCCCGGCAUGCGCUCCGCAAAGAUGAUGCACGACUUUGGCGUAUCACGAUCUCACGCCGUCAUCAUGGAUCUUCCGCUCUCACUCGACCCACUCAACCUCCUCAAGAACAAGCCAAUCGUCACCUACGACUCUUCCCGGCCUUCGCGCUUCGGGGUCUUUCCUCGCACAGAACCCCACAAGGUCCGCUGGUUCGAGACCUCCGCCUGCUGCAUCUUCCACACAGCCAACGCCUGGGACAGCCACGACGCCAACGGCAACGUCACGACUGUAAACCUGCUCGCCUGCCGCCUCACCUCCGCGAGCCUCGUCUUCAGCGCCGGCAACAUCGCCGCACUCCAGCCCAUGCCGACGCAGGAGACUGUCGACGCCGUCAAGCGCUCCAUCUCGUUCUUCGACCACUAUGACGACGACGAUGCCGCUCACGCCAGCGCGCACGCGAACCCCUCCGUCUCAGCCGCCUACGACCGCGCCCCCGCCCUCGAGUCCCCCCGCCCCACAGAAAAGACGCCACUCCUAUCAAGUCCUUCUCCCUCCCUCUCACCUCCCCCUCCCGCGACCGUCGCAGCCGAGGAAGAAGAGCAAUGCCGCCUCUACCACUACACCUUCUCCCUCUCCCACCCCACGCCGACCAUCACCGCGCAGUACGCCCUCUCAGCCCUCCCCUUCGAAUUUCCGACCCUGAACCCCACCGCCGAGAUGGCCGCGGCCCGCUACAUCUACGGCUGCAGCACGACCGCAGCCUCCUUCGGCGCGGCGCUCGGCCGCGCGGCGAAAAUCGACGUCCUGCUGAAGAUAGACGCCACGACACUGAUCGCGCGCGCCGCGACCACGAAACCGGCACCAGUAACCGGCUGCGUCGACACGCGCGCCAUGUCCGCCGUGCUCAGCAGCACCGAUGCCACCGACCCGAUCCGCGCGUUCCGCAUGCCGGCCGGGUGGUGCGCGCAAGAAGCGCGCUUCGUGCCACGCGCGCACAGCGCGGCCGAAGACGACGGAUACCUCCUCUUCUACGCCUUCGACGAGGCGCAGCUCGAUGUCGAGGGCGAGUGUCCGCCCACUGCGGUGUCUGAGCUCUGGGUCCUGGAUGCGCGCGAUAUGAGGAGCGUGGUUUGUAGGGUCAGCCUGCCGCAGAGGGUGCCGUAUGGACUGCAUGGGAACUGGUUUGGCGAGGAGGCGAUUGCGAAGCAGAGGGGUGUGGAGAGUGUGAGGGUGGCGAGAGGGCCGGGGGCUGGUGGGGAGGGGAGUUGGGCCUGGAGGGCAUGGAUGGGGGGGAGGAGGUUCUUGGAGAGGGCGAUUGCCUAA